CUCAGUAAAGAAAAUUGUUCUUGAUUCUUGAAUUAUUAGUUAAAAAGUCGAUUUAAGGAUCUUACUUCAAUCAGAAGUGAUGACUAAGCAGUGUGACAAAGUAGAUAAGCAAGAAUUUCAUCGAGAUAUGACAGAAAAUAACGAAAUUGCAGCAAACAUGAAUUUUGAUGAAGAAAAAAAUCAAGAGCAAAAAGGCGCAAUAAUUAUGAAGAUUAAUAAAGAAAUCAGCGAAACAAGCGAAUAUCCAAUAGAUUCUCCAAUGUCCAAUCUAGCAUUUCGAUUAGGAAUCUCCAAAAUUGCUACUCCUAGACAUCAAAUGACAACGGAAAUGUGUGGAUCAAACAAUAAUGAUGAUAAUACGGCAUUAAAGAAUAUGAUUAAUGACAAAAUAAUAAUUGACAAAAAUAAUUUAAUUUCCCAAAUCAUAACUUCAGUUGAAAAUUCACCAAUUACACGAAAUUCAAGUCGACGAACGCUCAUCUCACCACAAAAUAUUAAUUUCGAUUUGAAAUCUGAUUUACAAAAUGAUGAGGAUGAUGAUGAAGAUGACAUGUCAUUCUAUCCAUUAAAUCGUCCUUUCUAUGGUGUUCAAUUGAAUGGUGAAAAUAUAUCAUCGUUGAAUGAACAGGAUAAAAUAAGAGUACAAGAAACGGCACCUUUAUUGACAUUGGUUGAGCCAAACAGCCCGAAAAAAUCUGAUUCAUCAUCAGAAAGUGCCCAUCGAACACCCUCAAAAUAUACAGUAAUGUCAACUGGAAGCAGUCGUUUAGGUAAUGGAUUUAAAGUUUAUGACAGCAUUUCAUCAGGAUCAAAUGAAUCUAACGAGAUGGAAGAUGAAUAUUUAGAAUUAAUGGAAAUGGAAAAUUUAGAUGAAGAAACACAAAUGCCAAGUGAUUUGAGCUCUUUGUUGUGCAAGGAUGUGAAACACUCAAAAUCACCCGGAGACAAAAAGUGCUCUGAAAUGGAUAAAUCAACAGAAAAUGACUCGUUUGUCAUGCCAAAACUUAAUCGUUUUACAUCAUUAUUUGCAGCACCUGAUCGUCAAUGCUUGGCAACAAUAAAUGAGAAUGUUUCAUCAUUUGGAAGUAAUCGAUGCACAGCUGGUGCAUUUAAACGCCCGGAACCACCAAUAAUAGCAAAUUCGUCACAAAGUAAGAGGCAUAAAGGUGAAAAGGAUAACUUAAUGUCAUCAAUAAUUAUUCCAUUGCAAAUGAAGCGUCCGCCUUUAAGGAAAACAGUGUCGAUGAAUGAUGCAGCCACAAUUAUGGACGCAUUAACACGCUCUACAGAGGAUACUGACUUAAUUGGAGAUUUUAGCAAAAAGUUCUGCUUGCCAUUCAUCGAAGGACGUCAUAAAGAUCUCAGAUCAAUUUCUGCUGACACAAUGCGAAGCUUAUUGUUGGGCGAAUAUGAUGAUUGUGUUUCAUCUUUCAAAAUUAUCGAUUGCCGUUAUCCAUAUGAGUAUGAAGGAGGUCAUAUACAUGGUGCAAUUAACUUAUUCACACAGGAUCAAAUUAUUGAAGAAUUAAUCAAUAAAAAAGCACCGGAAGUUCCAAAUGUUGAUGGUCAUAAUCGAAACAUUCUCAUUUUUCACUGUGAAUUCUCAUCUGAACGAGGACCAAAAUUAUCGCGUUUCUUAAGAAACCAUGAUCGUAUGUCGAGUCCAUAUCCAACACUGCAAUAUCCAGAAGUUUACUUAUUGCACGGAGGAUAUAAGGAAUUCUUUCAAAAUAACAGCGAUCUUUGUGAUCCAGAAUCAUAUCGUCCAAUGUUGGAUAAUAAUUAUAGCAAUGAAUAUAAGCAUUUCCGUGCUAAAUCGAAAAGUUGGACAGGCGAUGGACGUUCAUCAAAUCGUUUAUCGAAAUCACGAUCGCGCUUAGUUCUGUGAUUAGUUUAGCUGCAUUACAAGGACAGUUUUCUUUAUGAAAGAUUUAAUUCUAUAUUUAAAACGUUUUCAUAUUGACAGUUACUUCAAUCCAGCAUAUACAUACGUACAUAUAUAUUUCUAGAAAUAAUUUUUGAAGAACAGCAAGUUUGAUUUAUUAGCUAUAACAUGGAUAUUAUCAACGAAGAUGAAUUUUUUAAUAUUUUAUUUUUGAUAGUUCCUUUGAUCAUAUUUUUUAUACUUAUGCAUAUAUUUCUAUAAUGUUCCUUUAUAACUAAGCCACAAGUUUUAUUAUAUUUCGUAUUGCAAAUCUUGAAAGCUAGAAUGAGAAAUUGAAAAAUAAGUAAUAUUUGGAAGGUAUAGAAAGAAAAGUUUUAACUUGCUAUAAAUAUUUAAUACUUUUGAGAUUGGCUUAAAACUCAUAUUUGUUAGGAAAUAAAGCAAAAGUACAAGACAUAAAUGUCAUUUUGAAGCCACAGGUCGUUUUAUGUCAAUGAGUAAUUCUCCUCAUUUAGGUAAACAAAAAAAGACAUGAUUGUCUCAAACAUGCUUCCACAUCCAACAUUCAUUGAUGAUUGAAUACAGUUCACGUACUAUUGAGACAAACAUGACAAAAAGAAAAUCUUUUUUAUGUCUAUACAUCCUUUACGAAAUCAAUAAAAUAAGUACAUUACAAUGUAAAGAUAACUAAAGGCAAUAAAUUCAAAUAAAAUGUCAAAUGGAUAGAUGCUUAGAG